AUGUUAUUUUCCAUAAUCAUCACAUUUUUCUCCCUCCUACCUACCUACCUACCUACCUACCUACCUAUCUAUCUAUCUAUCUAUCUAUCUAUCUAUCUAUCUAUCUAUCUAUCUAUUCUUUUUUACUAUACUGACAUACGUGAAUAUAUAACUUUUAUUAUGCAUAUCUAUCUAUCUAUCUAUCUAUCUAUCUAUCUAUCUAUCUAUCUAUCUAUCUAUCUAUCAUGUUGGGUUCUGGGUCCGUCCCAAUCUAUCUAUCUAUCUAUCUAUCUAUCUAUCUAUCUAUCUAUCUAUCUAUCUAUCAGUCUGUCAGUUUCUCUCUCUACGGGCGCACACACACAUUUCUGUAUAGCGAAUACAAUAGAGAAAUCUCAAUUUUAUAAAGAUUUUCUUACAGAUUUCUUCUUUAACUAUAUUUCUCCCUCGCUCUCGCUCCCCCACCCGCCACUUGUGCCAUUUUUUCUUUUCUUCCCUCCUCCCACAACGCAAUUCCCCUAUCUUCUUCUUUCCCGUUGUUUCUUUUUUAUCCGUGGACCUGAUCCAACCCACCAUAAUGUUUAUACUUCCUCCGUAUUCGCUGCAGUGUUUAUUGCACGCCCCACCCUCGUAUUAUUCCUUUACCAUUCAUUGUUCAACAUUUCGAACUCCCCACGGCGAAAGGAAGCGAGUAGGCGGGUGAAUUUCCCGCUCUCUCCCUCCCGACACGUUUAUCCUCCUUUCGUUCGGGAUUUUGCAAAGAAGAAAAUUAUGUUGAAUAGUAAAAUCUGCCAAUCUAUCACACCUUAUUCAUAUCUAUCUAUCUAUCUAUCUAUCUAUCUAUCUAUCUAUCUAUCUAUCUAUCUAUCUCAGACUAAUCAUUUCCGUUCAUUUCCACAAAUUUCACAUCCCCCCCUCUCUCUCUCUUGCCUCUCCCCCCCUCUCUCUCUCUCUCUCUCUCUCUCUCUCUCUUUGUCUAUCCUGUCUUUAACAUUGUUAUUUCUUCUUGUUUUUCAAUUUAUCACUUCGUUGUCUUUUCCUAAGAAUCAAACUAUCCACCAUUACAUCCUAUACGAGAUUCAACCUCAUUCUAUUUAUAAUUUCCGUUGGCAUUGCUCCCUUUUCAAAAGGGCGGAUUUUUCAUCAUUUUUGUCAAAAUUUAAUUCUGUUCCUUUCAUCUUCGACUUCCGUCACAAUUCAUGCCUUCUUCCUCGCUUUUGCCUUAAUAAUAUUUUCUUUAUUUCUUUCCUCUCACAAUUGAGAAUAAUUUUUUGUAGAGAUGUUAUUUUACUUUUCCGUAACCAUUUUCCUUCAGUAUUUUCUGUCUUUUUUCUUCCCUUGUUAUUGUUUUUUCUUCUCUUUCUAUCCUAUUUAUUUUCUCUUUUUGUCUUGUGUUUCUUAUUCUUUAUUUCUUUCUUCAUUUCUUUCUUUCUUUUUCCUUUCUUUCUUUCUUACACCGACACUCUUUCUCCCACUCUCAAUUCCCUACCAUUAAUUCACGCCUUCGUAUUCAUUAAAAUUUCCUUCUCGUCUAAUUUCCACUUCUCGACUUUUCUUCAUUGCUGUUCGUCCUAUCCAGGGAGACCUCACACCAUUUUAUUUGCUCAGGUUUCCUCCUCGACUCAUAAGACGUUUCACCCCGACCGUUUUUUCCUCUCCAUUCAUUACAUCUAUUGUUGUUCAUAG